CAGCCAGCUUCAUUACUACUGCACCUGCAGGUCAGCACAGCCAGCUUCAUUACUACUGCACCUGCAGGUCAGCACAGCCAGCUUCAUUACUACUGCACCUGCAGGUCAGCUCAGCCAGCUUCAUUACUACUGCACCUGCAGGUCAGCUCAGCCAGCUUCAUUACUACUGCACCUGCAGGACACUCUCGGACACUUUGAAGACGAUGGAUCUCUCUGCACUUAACCCUUUCCUGCCCGGCCAGACAGAGAAGUUUGCCACAUUCCUGGACAAAGCAGUUGGGCUGCAGUGAACGAAGCCUCUUAAUGUUUCAUUUUACAGACAGAAGUCACGGUGAAAGCUGUGCUGUACACUAAAGGGUCUCUGUUUGUUUGUGUUUUAUCUCAGCAAGGGUUUAUAUUUACAGGAUUUCCCAACACGCUAAGGUGAACCCGCUCCCACGCCCCUCAUCCUGUGAUGUUUUGUCUGAUAUUUUGCAGUGAAUUUGAAACUGGUGAUAGAAUUCUGAGGUUUGAUUCUGAGGUCAAACAAAGGCAUCAGCCUCAGCCUUGACCUGACUUUGUUUCUUCUCAGCUUUACCUUGGCAUUGCGACUGAGCGUUUUGAAGUUCUGAUUGAAGGACAUUGAUCCGUGUGCUGUGGGCAGCUGGCCCAGCUAUACUGGUUUGACUGGAACUGCCUGUUUUCUACCCCGGACUGUCAUGUGUUUCAGCUUUUGCUUGUUAAAGAAACCGUUAAUAAACCAGUAGAGAGUGCUGGAUAACCAUGUAUUUGCUAAGUUGUCUCUGUUGUAUUUUGGGGUAUGUCUCAGUCACUAAAUUGCAUUGUACAGCCUUACUUACAAACCACCAAUUUAAAACCAGUAAGAACAAAAGAAAGGUUACAAACGAGAGGAGGCCCCAUUCAGCCCAUCUUGCUCGUUUGGUUGUUAGUAGCUUAUUGAUCCCAGAAUCUCGUCAAGCAGCUUCUUGAAGGAUCCCAGGGUGUCAGCUUCAACAACAUUACUGGGGAGUUGGUUCCAGACCCUCACAAUUCUCUGUGUAAAAAAGUGCCUGCUAUUUUCUGUUCUGAAUGCCCCUUUAUCUAAUCUCCAUCUGUGACCCCUGGUCCUUGUUUCUUUUUUCAGAAACAGCCCCCCCCCCCUCCUCUCUCCCUCUUCACACUACAAUGUGUCUCUGAUUAAAGUGAGGAAUCACAACUAGAAUAUUUGUUUCCGGUACAGUUGUAAAUAAGUUGUGUUCAUCAUGCUGCUAAGUUUCUUCUCCUAGUAGGGAAUCCCAUGUGGAAUUUUUCAAAGUUACUUAGAUCUAAUCUAAGUAAGUUUUGCUGCUUUUCGCUGGCUUUCACAUCUCACCAUGUCAUACUAAACAAGUGUCGCUAUAGUCAGUAAAUUUGAAACAGCCUGAAACCUGGUUGAGGAGGCAGGUAGAAUCGGGUCCAGAACCCUUUUGAAAAUCAGCUGGACUGAAAGUUCUUUUUAAAUGGGUCAAAUUUACUGUUAAAAACAAAACUGCUUGGAGCUAGGGGUCAGUUUCACAAAGCACUGUCCGCACUUUCAAAAAAACAAUGUUUUUAGACAGAACGACAAAGUUUAGUAGAAAUCCACUCAGCGAGUCUGUAUGAUUAAAUGUAUUAUUUUUUUUUAAUUAUGGAAUUGAAUUGGAUUUAGCAGACUGCUACCUGGACUUGCUUUGUGAAACCAGCCCCAGGAGAUUGAAAUUUUACCAAGAGACUUCAACCUAAUGAAAGCACUAAGCACUAAGCUGAUGCGUGUGUGGUGCUGGGUUCCGGUUGUCAGCGAGAUCUUGAACAGGAAAUGAAAAUGCAUAUAUAUCUGUGUCGAGCUGCACCACAGAUGCACAAGCAAGCACCGUUUCAUCAGCAGAGAGCAGAGAAUCGUGGCUGUCAGCAAAGGGAAAUACCAGAGUUACCGAGUGAUGGAGCGGGGAGCAGCACUGGUACUGACUGUGCUACUUCUCCGAGGGUUUGAGUGCAGCGGGGAGGCCAGCACUGGUGUGCGCUGCCUCAUCCAUGACGAGGACUACACUGAGUGCACCUGGAAGGAGACGGGCAGGCCAGACCGCAACUACACCUUCCAGAGCAGGUACAGGACAGGCGCUGAGUAUGCAGAGUGCCCGAGUUACACCCAGGUGGAGGGCUACAAUGUGGGCUGCAGACUGGAGUACAACUCCCACAUGCGCUUUUCAACUUUCCAAGUGCUGCUGUCCUCAGCCAACAAUAUGGCCAUCUGGAACAAAGACAUCUACCUGAAACCAUUAGUGAAACUGUACUCCCCAGUAAACCUGACCGUGGUCAACAGCAGCAGCAAUGGUCUGUACCUGUACUGGAACACCAGCAUGAGCAAAUCCAAGUGCCUGGAGUCCAUAGUGAGGUAUAGAAGCAGCGCAGACUCUGCCUGGCAGAACUCCCCAGCAUUUACUUCUCUGAGGUACUUUAACUUGCCCUUUCCCGAUGCUGAAGAGCUGUAUGAGUUCCAAGUGAAGGUCAGGAUCAAUGAGUUCUGUGGCAAAUCUGACUACUGGAGUGACUGGAGCCAGCCUGCGUACUGGGGGAGCAAUGCCACCAGUAAAGACACAGACAUUCACUUCAGCUUCAACCCCUCUGUGGUCAUCUAUCCCAUCAUGGGCUCGGCCGUGCUGCUCAUCCUCGCCUGCUGUCUGAUCCACAAUGAACGACUGCGCAUCAUCCUGGUGCCCGUCAUCCCCAACCCUGGGAAGAAUUUCGAGGAACUCUUCAACAGCUACGACGGGAACUUCCAGGAGUGGCUUCAUGUUUCCAAGGACAUCGUGGACGGAUUCAAGCCUAACUUCUCCGAGCCGGUGUGCACAGUGAAGGAGCGGGCGGGGAGCGUAUCUGACAGCUGCGGGGGCCCGGGGGGGUCCGUGAGAUCCGACUGCUCUCUCCUCAUCCCCGAAGACGACCCCGACUGCGUCUCCACCAGCAGUGCCUCCUCCAGCUCCACCCUGCCGGCCCCCCCCUACGAGGUGUAACCAGGGCCCCCCAACCAGCCACCACAGCCCCCUGGGGAAGGGUGGAGCGCCACCCAACCAUUCACACAUGCGUCCCUCAUUCACCUCGCAGUGUUGCUUCACUUCAUAUCGGUUCAGUACUCUCCUCAUGCGGUUCAGGGAUCUCUGCUCAGAUCCCAGCGGGCUCUCUGUUGCUCUUGUCACUUGGUUCUUAGUCACACAGAGAAGGCAUCGAUCUGAGCUGCAGCAGCUUGGCUCAGCCAUACAGGCUACCAUCUGGUAAUUGCAGAUCAGCAAGCCUCACUUGAUACAAUGCAGUAGAGGCACUCGAAUCCAUGUACGUUUCAAAUGACCUCUAGCACACUUCUCAUCUGAGAUCUCGGGCUGUUCUAACUUGCACAGCUCCUAUGGUUUGUACUGAAAGGUAUUCAGUUUUCAGGAUGAAACUUACUGUCUUGAUACGGUUUAAAAGGAGUUUGUUUAUAGUAGAUGCUCCUAAGUUUUUUUUUGUUUUAAUUUGAUUAAGUUGUUUGUAUUGGUUGUGUUCAUUUGAAUUUGUGUUUUUAACCUUCUUAACCAGAGCUCCCUUGAAAAGAUAUUGUAAUCUCAGUGGGACUUUCUCCAGAGCCGUGUGUGUGUGUGGUCAGAGGGAAGAUUGACAUGCCUUUGGAAUGCAGGUGGAGGCUGUGCAGAAACGUGGACUGGACCAGCCCUCGAGGAGCAGGGCUGAGGAGCUCGGGAGAUUGACAUGCCUUUGGAAUGCAGGUGGAGGCUGUGCAGAAACGCGGACUGGACCAGCCCUCGAGGAGCAGGGCUGAGGAGCUCGGGAGGUACCAGCCACUGUCCUCACUGUGGUCUACAGCUGCAAUUUUUGUUACUUACAAAAUGAAGGAAAAGCACUAUCUGAGCAUGUCCUUGCUGCUGCGUUAAGACUGCUGUCUACAUUCUGCUCCGCUUAUGAAUAUUAUAUUGUUUGCUGCCAAAAAAAAAUGAUACGUUUUUAGGAUUUCAUGUUCUUGUGUGUCGUUUCAACUAGGGUUAAUGUCGAAUGCUGUUAUUAAAAUGUUUAGAAUGUGUAGCGCUCCAUAGCCUUUGUGCAAAUACACACAUAUAUAUUUUUAUAUUUGUUAAGUUUUGUAAAAGCUGCAUAAUCAAAUAAAACAUAUUCUUUUUUUAAACCCAA